AUGCAGUUGUGUUUGUUAGGCUACUUUCUUACCUUUUUUGAAGUGUGUCCCUUUGUUUUCUCACGCAUUACGGUCAAUAAUUUUGUUCGUGUACAAUCUGGGGAGAUUCCUUCAUCUGAGUGCAGUAUAGACGAAUUUCCUGUAGACAAUUCAACAACUUCUGCACAAAUGCAAUGUGGAUUACUGUGCAGCUCUUCUGACCUGUGUAUCGGAAUGGAAAUCAUUGGAGAGGAGGCGAAACAAUGUCGUCUUUUGUUUGGAUUUGAUUUUUUGAAAUCAUCAAUUAAAACUUCAAAACAAGUCAUUCGUUAUCAAAAGCUUACAGGAACCAAUACUGUUGAGAGGGACUCGUAUUGCACAAUACAAUUAACAAAUGGAAUUGAAAUAUCUACUCUCUGUAAUCAAGGGGCCCACAAGUGGAUGCUCAUGCAGAGACGUAUCGAUGGAUCAGUGAAUUUCACGAGAGACUGGGCGGAUUAUGAAAACGGUUUUGGAUGCUUGGGAUCCGAGUUUUGGCUUGGUAACAGGAACAUCCAUGAAUUAACAAAUGAUGGCUAUACGUAUCUCAGAAUAGAACUGAUGGACCAUGACAAUGUUUGGAAAUAUGCAGAAUAUUCAACAUUUAAUGUGGAGUCUGACAGCUUCAAAUAUAGACUCCAUGUCCGUGGUUAUUCUGGGAAUGCAGGAGACAGUUUAUGGCUCCAUGACGGAAUGUCAUUCACUACGUACGACAAUGACAAUGAUAAUAAUGGGACUGUUAACUGUGGAUCACUUUUUCGCGGAGGCUGGUGGUAUCACAAAUGUCACACGGCAAACCUUAAUGGGGAGUAUGGGAACACAAUAAAGUCCAAAGGGAUCAACUGGUAUUACUGGAAAGGUUUCUAUUACUCAAUGAAGGAAGUCAGAAUGAUGGUUCGAAAACCAUAAAGUUCACAAAUGUAGAAAAUUAUCGGUCAGUCAUUGAGUUGUCUUAUCCCUUGUUUCUUAAAAGGUUGUUGUAGUAUUUAUAAAUCUGUCUUUAU